UCUCUCUCUCUCGCUCUCUCUCCUGGUGCACCGCUGCAAUCCCUGUCGUAACUAUAAGCUCCACUGAGGCGGCCUUAUCAUAUCCACGUGGAGAAAUACAGAAGCUCACGUAGCCGUAGUCCAGGGUCAUGUUGUUUUUGCCCGAACCGCGUGUGAGGUUCAGAUAGGGAGGGUCAAGGAUGACUCGUCGUCACAGGAUGGACAGCGUGACUAUAAAUGUGAGGCAGAGCAACACAGAGCUCAGAGGAUGAGGCUUGGACCAGAUACGAGAGUUACAAUAGCAGCUACAGUAGCAAAAUUUGUCAUUAACUUUGAUCACACUGUGUGUGUUUAAACAGACUUUCAGUCUUUUUUUAGCUUGACUUUUUUUUCCUGUAAGGAUGCAUCUGUUUGAAGAGGACCAGCACGACUGCCAGUGCCCAGUCUCAGAAGAGAGAUCCCCUCCCACCAUCUUGUUUAACAUCCUGAGCCGGAAACACUACAGCAGCAGCAGCAGCAUGUCCACAGCAGACAGCCGACGCCAGUACUCGCUGUCCCACAACUGCCACUGUGACCAGCGUCGGACGGUGUGUCUGAAGGACCCUGAGGGCGUCUGCCAAGCCGCCUCCACCGUGCUCGUCAAAACCAUCCGCUUCAUGACCAGCCUGCCCUCCUUUCGCCACUUGCCCCAAAGAGACCAGCUGGUGCUCCUCUACAACUCCUGGGUCCCCCUCUUCGUCUUGGGCCUCGCCCAGGAGCAUACGGAGUUCGAGGUGACUGAUUCACCAGCCAACAGCAUCCUAAAACGGAUUCUGCUGAAUACCAGUGACGGAGGCCGUGAGAUGGAGGAGCCCGCGAUGCCAACCCUUGCUAAUGUGCACAAGAUUAAAGCCUGCCUGCAAAGACUCUGGAACCUGGAUUUAAGUCCUAAGGAGUAUGCCUAUAUAAAAGGGGCUUUGCUGUUCAAUCCUGAUGUUCCUGGACUACAAGCCCCAGCAUUCAUUAAGAGCCUACAGCAAGAGGCCCACAGGGCGCUUCACGAAGUUAUUGUGACCCUUCACCCCCAGGACCAGGGGAGGCUGCUGCGGAUCCUCCUGACUGUCUCCUCUCUGCAGACCAUUCCCCACAGCCUUGUCAGUGAACUCUUCUUUAGGCCUGUGGUGGGUCAGGCUGACCUCUUUCAGUUGAUUAGAGAAAUACUGUCACCUGGCACUGUUACAAGAUGCACUGCUGCAGAAAGGGAAUGGUCGAAACACUGUCAGCAAUAAGUGGGAAUAAGUCAUUAACAUGGCCAGGUGGCAAUGGUGCAAGAAUGAUGAUGUGUGAAUGAGUGUGUGAGAAUAAGAUAUUGUUACCAAAGACUUUUGUAUUAGAUAUUUUUCUUAAAAAAAAUAUAAAACAAACCAAAAAAAUUUACAAAUAUA